AUGAUAAGUCUUUUGAAUGCUUCAGCUCCAGUAGAAAAAACAAUAUCCAGUGAAAAAGCUUCAAGCACUCCAUCUCCUGAGACUCAAGAGGAAUUUGUGGAUGACUUUCGAGUAGGGGAACGUGUUUGGGUGAAUGGGAAUAAGCCUGGGUUUAUCCAGUUUCUUGGAGAAACCCAGUUUGCACCAGGCCAGUGGGCUGGAAUUGUUUUAGAUGAACCCAUAGGCAAGAAUGAUGGUUCUGUAGCAGGAGUUCGGUAUUUUCAGUGUGAACCUUUAAAGGGCAUAUUUACCCGACCUUCAAAGUUAACAAGAAAAGUACAAGCGGAAGAUGAAGCCAAUGGCUUGCAGAUGGCUCAUGCAUCCAGAACUGCUUCUCCUUUGUCCACUUCUGCAGCUAGCAUGAUGUCCACUUCCCAGGCCACUCCCUCAAAUAUUCCCCAUAAAUCAUCCCAGCCAACAGCAAAGGAAACAGCCACACCUCAGAUCAGCAACCUUACAAAAACUGCCAGUGAAUCAAUCUCCAACCUUUCAGAGGCUGGCUCAAUAAAGAAAGGAGAACGGGAGCUCAAAAUUGGAGACAGAGUAUUGGUUGGUGGCACUAAGGCUGGUGUAGUCCGAUUCCUUGGGGAGACUGACUUUGCCAAGGGGGAAUGGUGUGGUGUGGAAUUAGAUGAACCUCUUGGGAAGAAUGAUGGUGCGGUUGCUGGAACAAGGUAUUUUCAGUGUCAACCCAAAUAUGGCUUGUUUGCUCCUGUCCACAAAGUGACCAAGAUUGGCUUCCCCUCUACAACACCAGCCAAAGCCAAGGCCGCCGCCGUGAGGCGUGUGAUGGCCACUACGCCUGCAGGCUUGAAGCGCAGCCCAUCUGCCUCCUCCCUCAGCUCCAUGAGCUCUGUGGCCUCCUCUGUGAGCAGCAAGCCUAGCCGGACAGGACUAUUGACUGAAACCUCUUCCCGCUAUGCCCGCAAGAUAUCGGGUACCACUGCCCUCCAGGAGGCACUGAAGGAGAAACAGCAGCACAUUGAGCAGCUGCUGGCUGAGCGGGACCUGGAGCGGGCCGAGGUGGCCAAGGCCACCAGCCACGUGGGGGAGAUAGAGCAGGAGCUAGCCCUGGCCCGGGAUGGGCAUGACCAGCACGUCCUGGAAUUGGAGGCCAAGAUGGACCAGCUUCGAACAAUGGUGGAAGCAGCUGAUAGGGAGAAGGUGGAACUUCUCAAUCAAUUGGAAGAGGAGAAAAGGAAGGUUGAGGACCUUCAGUUCCGAGUUGAAGAAGAAUCAAUUACUAAAGGCGAUCUUGAGACGCAGACCAAACUGGAGCAUGCCCGCAUUAAGGAGCUUGAACAGAGCCUACUCUUUGAAAAGACCAAAGCUGACAAACUCCAGAGGGAGUUAGAAGACACUAGGGUGGCUACUGUGUCAGAAAAGUCUCGUAUAAUGGAACUAGAAAAAGACCUAGCAUUGAGAGGACAGGAAGUAGCUGAGCUCCGAAGAAGGCUAGAGUCCAGUAAACCUGUUGGAGAUGUGGAUAUGUCGCUGUCCCUUUUGCAAGAAAUAAGCUCUUUGCAAGAAAAGUUAGAAUCCACCCAUACUGACCACCAGAAAGAAAUAACUUCGCUGAAGGAUCAUUUUGGAUCUCGGGAAGAGACAUUUCAGAAGGAAAUAAAGGCUCUGCAUGUAGCUACAGAGAAGCUUUCCAAAGAGAAUGAGUCCUUGAGAAGCAAGCUUGACCAUGCUAACAAGGAGAACUCAGAUGUGAUAGCUCUGUGGAAGUCUAAGCUGGAAACCGCCAUCGCAUCCCACCAGCAGGCAAUGGAGGAGCUGAAGGUGUCCUUUAGCAAAGGGGUUGGAACAGAGACGGCCGAGUUUGCUGAGUUAAAGACACAAAUAGAGAGAUUGAGACUAGAUUACCAGCAUGAAAUAGAAAGUCUGCAGAAUAAACAAGACUCUGAACGGUCUGCUCAUACUAAAGAGAUAGAAGCCCUGAAGUCUAAACUGAUGGCAAUCAUUAAGGAAAAGGAGGACAACCUGGAGGCCAUCAAAUCGAGACUGGACAAAGCCGAAGACCAGCAUCUAGUGGAAAUGGAAGACACGUUAAACAAAUUGCAGGAGGCUGAAAUAAAGGUAAAGGAGCUAGAGGUUCUGCAAGCCAAGUGCAAUGAACAAGCCAAAGUCAUUGGUAAUUUUACAUCACAGCUCAAGGCUGCUGAAGAAAAGCUCUUGGAUCUUGAUGCACUUCGGAAAGCCAGUUCCGAAGGUAAAUCGGAAAUUGAGACACUUAGACAGCAGCUUGAGGCAGCUGAGAAACAGAUUAAAACUUUAGAGAUUGAAAAGAAUGCCGAAAGUGGCAAGGCUAGUAGCAUUACCAAAGAGCUCCAGGGGCAAGAGCUAAAGCUUACUAACCUUCAGGACAAUUUGAGUGAAGUCAGCCAAGUCAAAGAGGCUUUGGAAAAAGAACUUCAUAUUUUGAAAGAAAAGUUUGCUGAUGCUUCAGAAGAGGCAGUCACUGUUCAGAAAAGUAUGCAAGAAACUGUAAAUAAAUUACACAAAAAGGAAGAAGAGUUUAACAUGCUAUCUUCUGAAUUGGAGAAGUUGAAAGAAAAUUUAACAGAUAUGGAGGCCAAAUUUAGAGAGCAGGAUGAAAGAGAAGAACAGUUGAUAAAGGCGAAGGAAAAACUGGAAAAUGACAUUGCAGAAAUAAUGAAGAUGUCAGGAGAUAAUUCUUCUCAGCUGACAAAAAUGAAUGAUGAGUUGCGUCUGAAAGAAAGAUGUGUAGAAGAAUUACAGCUAAAACUUACAAAGGCUAAUGAAAAUGCAAGUUUUCUGCAGAAAAAUAUUGGGGAAAUAACUCUUAAAGCUGAACAGAGCCAGCAGGAAACAGCCAAAAAGCAUGAAGAAGAAAAGAAAGGAUUAGAAGAAAAAUUGUUGGACCUGGAAAAGAAAAUGGAAACAAGCCACAACCAGUGUCAGGAUCUGAAAGCCAGGUAUGAAAAAGCCAGUUCUGAUAUGCAAACAAAGCAUGAAGAAACCCUGCAGAACCUCCAGAAGAUACUGUUGGACACAGAGGAGAAGCUGAGGACUGCACAGGAGGAGAACAGAGGCUUAAUGCAGGAGAUGGAGGAACUGAAAACACAGGCUGAUAAAGCAAAAGCUGCUCAGACUGCAGAAGAUGCCAUGCAGAUAAUGGAACAGAUGACCAAAGAGAAGACAGAAACUCUGGCCUCCUUGGAGGACACCAAGCAAACAAAUGCAAAACUACAGACCGAAUUGGAUACACUUAAAGAAAACAACCUGAAAAAUGUGGAAGAGCUGAACAAAUCAAAAGAGCUUCUAACAGUUGAGAAUCAGAAAAUGGAAGAAUUCAAGAAAGAAAUUGAAACCCUAAAGCAGGCAGCAGCUCAGAAGUCCCAGCAGCUCUCGGCAUUGCAAGAAGAGAACGUCAAACUUGCUGAGGAACUGGGGAGAAGCAGAGACGAAGUCACAAGUCAUCAAAAGUUGGAAGAAGAAAGAUCUGUACUCAACAAUCAAUUGUUAGAAAUGAAAAAGAGAGAAUCAAAGUUCAUAAAAGACGCUGAUGAAGAAAAAGCCUCCUUGCAGAAAUCCAUUAGCAUCACCAGUGCUUUGCUCACAGAGAAGGAUGCAGAGCUAGAAAAGCUGCGGAAUGAGGUCUCAGUGCUCAGAGGAGAAAAUGCCUCUGCCAAGUCCUUGCAUUCUGUUGUUCAGACUCUGGAGUCUGAUAAGGUGAAGCUUGAGCUCAAGGUAAAGAACUUGGAGCUUCAACUCAAAGAAAACAAGAGGCAGCUCAGCAGCUCCUCAGGUAAUACUGAUGCUCAGGCAGAAGAGGACGAAAGAGCCCAGGAGAGCCAGAUUGAUUUCCUAAAUUCAGUAAUAGUGGACCUUCAAAGGAAGAAUCAAGACCUGAAGAUGAAGGUGGAGAUGAUGUCAGAAGCGGCUCUCAACGGCAAUGGGGAUGACCUGAACAGCUAUGACAGUGAUGACCAAGAGAAACAGUCCAAGAAGAAGCCCCGCCUCUUCUGUGACAUUUGUGACUGCUUUGAUCUCCACGACACCGAGGACUGCCCCACCCAGACACAAAUAUCUGAGGACCCUCCCCACUCGACACACCAUGGCAGCAGGAGUGAGGAGAGGCCAUACUGUGAGAUCUGUGAGAUGUUCGGGCACUGGGCGACCAACUGCAACGACGACGAGACCUUCUGAGGGCCUCGGUGCAGAACUGGGAUUUCUCAGAGGCACUGGCAUCAAAGCAGCUUAACACCAGCAUUGUGUGUGCAACUUCAGGAGAACUCGUGUUAGUUUGGUCAGCAAAGCUAAGAAAAUAUUUAGGUCUUCAACAAAUCACCCUUAAUCUUCUUUUAAGUUAGAAUAGUAAAUAAAUAUUUAGUAGGUGAACUUUCACCUUUCAUCUUGUUUUCUGAAGUUUUAAGUUUAAGAUAUUGCACCAGGUGCUGUUUCAUUUAUUGUCCCUCAUGGAACAAGCCCAACCCUUACCAUACCUUAUUUAAGAAACUUUAAAUUAUGCCGUUAUUUUUCACAUUUGCACUAAAAAUUUCUGGGCUGCAUUUUGUGUAUUUAGAUUUAUUUUUGGUGAAGCUUGACACUGGAACGAGUUGCAAAAAAUGUACAGUUUUGUGUUUCCAUAAGUAUCAGCUGUCUGCACUCCCCGCCGUCAGCAGUGCCUUGUCGCCAGGCUUGACAACACAGGUGUGAUUCUGCGUCAUGAAGCGGGUAACAGAGGGAAGCCCCCAACUGCUGUGGGACAUUUUAUAGUAUUUAUGCUGCACCCACGUUCUCGCUGUGGUGUCUUCUCUAUUGGGUUAAUAAUUUCAGCUUCUAUAUAUUAUAUGUAUAUAUUUUUUAAAGAAAUCUAUAUUUUGGGAAAAAACACAGUGUGUUUUUCUUUUCAGAUUUUUUUACCUUUAUGAAAAAGCAAACACCUAAAAUCAUCGUCAGGACUAGGCCAGAAAUAGCAUCAUGUGGCUCCAAAGCUAUUUUUCCUUUUUUUUUUUUUUCCAUUUUGUUUCUUUACCAAAUAGAUAUCGCUGGAAGAACUUUUUUCCAGUUAAAUUGUUUUCCCCUUCUCUAGCAUACUUCUCCAGCAGUGAAUUAAUUAUAAAACACAUAAAUUAACCAACUACAGUCUUCCUUUACAAGUUUUUUUAAACUGUAUUUUUACAUGAAUGUACGAUGAGAAAUUCAACAUUGAUUUUCUUAUCACAGGAAAAUAAAAUGAAGGACCUCAACCCCCAGGACAUGUUAGAGAGUAGUGGCAAUGUCUUCUAAAAGGCAUUAAGAUGAUGCACCGUCCAUGCAACCUGUAUAAUAAGAACUUGUAUAAUUGUAGAUAUGCCUUUGAUGGAUUUCCUCUCAAUUUGAUCAACUGUGUGUCUGACAAGUGGAUAUUAAACACAUCUGUUACCAGUUAAUAAGAUCAUAGGAAUUGUUUCACAGACUUAACAUUUAAAGCAGUAUUAAAACCUGCACAAACAAGUGUUCUUGUAACUACUUUAAUAAAUGGUUAUUUUGUUUUCA